UCAUUGGCAACUCUCUCGAUGGAGCAUAGGAACAGAAAUGCUGCAAGCUGCGAGGUCUGCUCUGCAUUAGUGGCAAGGGAUGAUGGUAAUGAGGAGAUAACCAACCUUGGAAAUAUGCUCGAGAAUGUGGUGCUAUCGCAGGGUAGUCUGGAUCAAGUAAAAUCAGAGAUUGGUAAGCUAAACAAAGAGGCUGCAGAGAUAGUAUUAGCAGAAACCAUCCAUGAAUCAUCACCAGAACUUCCAAAUAAUAAAUGCAUAAUAUGUUUCUUUGGCAAACAUAAAAAUCACAGUUACUUGAACCCAAAGGAAGCCAUUUUCUUAUGUGAGGAUUGUAAGUACAAAAUAGCAUGUUUUUAUACACUCAAUGUUCAGAAAUGGCAUGAGCUUCUCAGCCCAAGAAGCAAAAAGAAAAUAAGUCUCUUUGAACAUAGGAAAGAACAGUCUCCUUCAUCUGCGUCUUCCCACAAAACUGGAAGAAGAAGAAGAAGAAGAGGACGACGAAUAUCUUGUGAAAAAAGAAACAGAACUGGAAGGAAAAGUUAUCAGCAGGUCCUUCGGCAGAGGUAUGAGAAUGGUGAUCCUACAGUAGGACCACUGGGUCAGCCAAGUGGAAAAUUUGAUUAUUUGGUAGAGUAUUCCACAGUAGAGUCCAAAAGUAAUUCACUUAAUGCAUUUGAUGAAAAUCUCUUCAGUCCCACAGGAUGGGGUGAUACCGAAUGA